ACCGACCCCAUAACCAAAUCCAAACCCCCGAGAUAAAUAUCAGCCUCUACUUCUCUUUUAUCCUCCUCUCUCCCGAAACCCUAGUCCCCAAUUCAGAAAACCCUAAUCUCUCUCGUUACUUCAAACCCUAAUUUCCAUGGCGAAGAAGCGAAAAACCAGAGCUUCCGAAGCCACCGCACAACCAGUAGAAGAAGAACAGCAAAAUAUUAAACAAGAAUCAGCAGAUCUCGAACCCGAACAAGAACAAGAACAAGAACAAGAAGAGUACCAAAACGACACCGUAGAAGAAGAAGAAGCAGUUCAAGAGGACGAAGAAGAUCCAGAGCCCGAAGAAGAAGAUGAUAACGACAACGGUGAUGAUAAUGAAGAAGAAGAGGAAGAAAAUCCAGGAUCUGGAAACAACGCCGUGAAUGAAGUUAACGGAGGCGGUAGUGAGGUGAAGAAGGAAGAAGGAUGCGAUGAAGAAGAGGAUUUAGAAGAUGAGCCACUCGAGAAGCUUCUAGAACCUUUCACGAAGGAUCAACUUACAGCGCUUAUAAAAGAAGCUUUAGUCACUUACCCUAAUUUGAAGGAUAAUAUUCAGAGAUUGGCCGAUAAGGAUCCAGCGCACCGCAAAAUCUUCGUGCACGGCUUGGGUUGGGAUACUACAGCCGAAACCCUAACGAGCGUAUUUGGGAAGUACGGUGAGAUUGAGGAUUGUAAGGCUGUUACGGAUAAGGUUAGUGGGAAGUCAAAAGGAUACGGGUUUAUUUUGUUUAAGCAUAGGAGUGGCGCUAGGAAAGCAUUGAGAGAACCACAGAAGAAAAUUGGUACUAGGAUGACUUCUUGCCAGCUGGCUUCGGCUGGGCCGGUCCCUGCCCCGCCCCCUACAGCAGCGGCUGUCCCACCGGUUUCCGAGUAUACUCAGAGGAAGAUUUUUGUUAGCAAUGUGGCAACUGAUCUUGAUCCUCAAAAGCUGUUGGAGUUUUUCUCCAAGUUUGGUGAAGUUGAGGAGGGUCCACUUGGAUUGGAUAAGCAAACUGGGAAACCCAAGGGGUUUUGUUUGUUUGUGUAUAAGAGUGUCGAGAGUGCAAGAAGGGCGUUGGAGGAGCCACACAAGAGCUUUGAAGGGCAUACACUUCAUUGUCAGAAGGCUGUUGAUGGGCCGAAACACAAUAAGAAUUACUAUCAGCAGCACCAGCAGCCGCAACAGCAUUACCCUCAGCACCAGCAGCACCAGCAGUAUUAUCAGCAUCCUGCAAAGAAGGGGAAAUAUUCAGGUGGUAGUGGCAGUGGAGCAGCAGCAUCAGCUGGACAUUUAAUGGCGCCAUCAGGGCCUGCACCCGUGGGAUUCAAUCCUGCUGUGGCUCCGGCUCUUGGGCAGGCAUUGACAGCCCUGUUAGCUACUCAAGGAGCUGGUUUGGGGAUUGGGAAUUUGCUUGGAGGUUUUAGUGGGCCAGUGAACCCUCAGGGUGUGCCCCCAGUGAUGAGCAAUGCGGGAGGAUAUGGUGCCCAGGGUGCUGGUGGUGGCUAUGGAGCUCAGCCGAUGCAGUACCAAAAUCCGCAGAUGCAGGGCGGUGCAAGACCACAGGGUGGUGCACCUUACCCAGGCUAUGGAGGUCACUAGGAAAGCUUAAGGUAUCAGUAAUGCGAUGGUUGUACUUCCAAGUAGAUUCCUUGAUAAAAUGCAUCAAACUUUUAGUUUUGGACUGGUGAUUCUUCUGAAGUUCCGGGCACUCUCCAAAUGAAGUCUUUUACUAUGACAAAAGUUACCUUUUGCUUAAAGACCAUGAUCUUCAAUGUGUAUUUUCUUUUUAUUCAAGUACUUCUAUUCCGGUGAAUGUUUUUAAACACUAUGUAGUAUUUUGCACUAAACUUUUCUAUCUAAAAGGAGUGAGAAGAAGGUAGGGUAUCCUACCCAUCUCUCACCAGUAUUUGAGUUA